AUGGCGAAAUCACGCAUCGUUAAACUUCUUCCCACUCCACUUCUCCUCCCACUCCCUGGCCACUCUCAACUUUUCCCCUGCGUCCAACACCAUUCGCACAUCCAGCUGAAGGAGGUGCAGGAGGAGUUAAAAGCCGUGGGCAGGCGAUCAGAGGAGCAGGCGCGGAAUGCUGCCCUGGACAAGGAGGCCUUGGAGCAGCGCUCGUCAGCAGAGCAGGCUGAGCUGGUGGACAGGCUGGCGGCGCAGGCAGAGAAGCUAGUGAAGGUUUCCAAGGAUCUGGAGGAGAGCCGGGCGGAAGAGGCCAAGCUGAGGGAGGAGAUGAAGGAGAAGGCGGCGCAGGCAGAGAAGCUAGUGAAGGUUUCCAAGGAUCUGGAGGAGAGCCGGGCGGAAGAGGCCAAGCUGAGGGAGGAGAUGAAGGAGAAGGCGGCGCAGGCAGAGAAUCUAGUGAAGGUUUCCAAGGAUCUGGAGGAGGCGUACAAGGAGGAGGCUAAGCAACAUGAAGAGGGAGAUUUGUUGGGGGCUGCCGCUGGUGUAUGCGUAAUGGCAACCGCUCAGCAGCUGGGCAAGGUUCGGGUGAAUGCACGGUUACGGCCGCUGAGUAAGAGGGAGGAGCAGGCGGGCCAGCACUCGGUGCUGGAGAGGCUGGACGAGUACACGCUGCGGCACCCCGACACCAAGGGUGGGGAGCCCAAGCUGUACGAAUUCAACCAAGUCUUUGACCACAACGCCACUCAACAGGCGAUGUUUAAAGACACACAACCAGUGCUCAACGUUCUCACUCUAUGGGCCCUUGCCCCCUACCCCCCCCCUUCCCCGCUCCCCUCCCAACCGACUCCCGGCCCCCUUCCUCCCCUGCAGUACCUGAUCCCGUCGGUCUUUGACGGGUACAACGAGCUCUUAGACGUGAUGAAGAAGGAGGAAGGGAGCAAGACCUACAAGCUGCAGGUGCGCAUGCUGGAGCUGUACCGGGACACGCUGGAGGACCUCCUGCUGCCCGAGAAUACUCGCGACAAGCCGAAACUGAAGAUCAGGGAAUCUGCCAGAGGCAUGGUGAUGGUGGUGAAGGCGACUCUCAUUGAGGGCGUGUUCUAUGUGGAGAAUGAGACAUUGCUUGCAGUGAAGGACCUGCAACACCUGCAGACGGUGGUGCGGGAGGGGAUGGAGAGGCGCAUAGUGGCUCCCACACACAUGAACGCGGAGAGUUCAAGGUCGCACCUGGUGAUCUCCAUCAUUGUGGAGACCACCGACCUGCUCACCAAUAGCGUGUGUUGCGGAAAGCUGUCCUUUGUAGACCUCGCCGGAUCAGAGAACCUGGAUAAGUCGGGGUCAGUGGUCGUGCAGCAAAAGGAAGCCAGCGCGAACAACACAUCGCUGUCCGCCUUGGUGGGCGUCUUCACUUCUCUGGCUCAGGGCAAAGGGCAAGGGUUCACGUACCGCGGCAACGAUCUCACGGAGCUCCUAAGCGACUCGCUGGGAGGCAACGCCAAGACGCUAAUGUUCGUCAAUGUAUCCCCGGCCAACGGAAACCUGGGCGAGACUGCCAGGGACCGUCCCUUGAGAGCAGACUCACCUGCAGGAGCUACAGCAGAUGGGGGUGUGUUGUUGCUGGAGGAAGAGGGUUGCUGGAGGGAGAGGGUUGCUGGAGGAAGAGGGUUGCUAGGCCAUUGGCAGAAGCAGGAAGAGGUUUGGGGGCAGAGGGAUAGAGAGGUCCGGGGGCAAAGGGAUAGGGAGGUUGGGGGACGGAGGGGUAGAGGUGUUGCAGGACAGAGGGAUGGUGCAGUUGAGGGAGAGUAG